UAUAAAUGGAUCGAACUCUCCUCUGUGUUUGUUUUUUUGUUUGUUCAGUUCCUACGAUCCCCUUCCUUUCAAAAAAAAAAAAAAUGUACCAUCCACUUGAUAAGGUUUCCAAAAUUGGUAGUUUCAUUCUUUAUAUAAUCUUAAUUCCAUUACAUUUGCUUAAUUAAUUUCUCACUAUCAAAUUCCAAAUGGAAUCCAAAACACCAACAACAAAAGAGGUGAAAGUAGAGUUUACAGGGCUCAUUCGAGUCUUCAAUGAUGGCUCAGUGGAACGACUCUUUGCCCCACCCCACGUCCCUCCUACACCGGAAGACCCCGAAACCGGCGUCGCCUCCAAAGACAUAAAAAUCCCCGCCAACACAAACCUCUCCGCUAGGCUCUACCUUCCCAAACUCACCAACAAUAACCACCACAUCCCACUCUUAGUCUACUUCCACGGCGGCGGCUUCUGUGUCGAAUCCGCUUUCUCCGUUCUCAACCACCGUUACAUGAACACCCUUGCCUCACAAGCACAAGUAAUAAUAGUCUCAGUAGAGUACAGGCUCGCUCCUGAGCACCCCCUCCCAACAGCUUAUGAAGACUGCUGGACAGCCCUAAACUGGGCCGUCUCGCUCUCGGACCCUUGGUUAGCCACCCAUGCUGAUCUCAACAAACUCUUCAUCGGUGGCGACAGUGCUGGUGGAAACAUUGUACAUAACAUAGCAAUGAGAGCCGGACAAGAAAGCUUGGACAAGGUCAAAAUCCUAGGAGCUUUCUUAUCUCACCCUUAUUUCUUAGAUGAUGAAAAUAAUCAGUUGGAGAUGGACUACAUGUACAAGAUAUGGGACUUUGUGUACCCGACCGCGCCUGGUGGUUUCAACAACCAUAUGAUUAACCCUACCGGUGUUGGAGCACCGAGGUUGAGCGCGCUCGGGUGUAGUAGGGUUCUGGUUGUGGUGGCUGAGAAGGAUGAGUUGAGGGAUGGUGCAGUAAGGUAUACUGAUGCACUUAAAAAGAGUGGGUUUCAAGGGGUUGUUGAGUUGCUUGAGGUUCAAGGAGAAGGUCAUUGUUUUCAUAUGUCUAAUCCAGAUACUGACAAUGCUAAGCUUGUGUUCAAACGCCUUGUUACUUUUCUUACCAACUCAUGAUCGAUCAUAUAUGGUUUUUAUAGGAAUUACUAUUACUAUUAAUUAAGAUGGUAAAUAAUUAAAAUAUGGAAUGUGUAAUUGUCUAUGUUUUGGACAAUGAGGUUGCUAAUAUGUUAAUCAUAAGGCUAAAUAAAAGUGUCUAUCUUUAUCAUGUUUUUAUUUCAAUCGGGGAGGAUUAUGAAAUUUGGACUAUAACGUUAAGUUUGAUCUUUUAUAGUUCACGCUGUUUUAUCAUCGGUGGUGUUUGGUUGUUAGAGAAUUGGGAGAAAAUUAGAGGUUUGGACCAAUUUAGAGGUUUGACCUUUCAAAACCUCUAAUUGGGGUGUUUGGUUGUUAGAGGAUUGUAAUAGCGGAUUGAGUCGAAUCCGCUAAAUCCAAA